UGAUCGAGCCUCGCAGCCCCUCCUCAAAUCUUGGUAUUCGUGGCCUAACGGCGCUGACUGCCUCACCUUUCCCCAUCAAAUUUCGGAUCACCACAUGACUCCUUCCUUCCCUCUCCCAUUUCAACUUUUUCUAACCGCCUUUGCCCAAUUCCCUCGCUCUCUCUCCUCUUCUUUUUCUUCUCACAAGGGUUAAUUCUCUCGUGGGCUUCUUCUUUUUUUCCCUUUCUGGGUUCUUCUCUGUUUCUUUGAUCCAUUUAUCUAACUCUGUCUUGGAUUUCUUUUGUUUUUCCUCUCUCUCUCUCACCCUGAUUCCUCUCUUUAAUUCGGAUUUUGGGGUUUUCUUCUUGUUCUUAAGCGUUUUCUCUUAUCUGGGUUCUGUUUUGUUUGUCUUUAAACUGGUGGGUUACUCUGUUUUUCCUCUGUUUGUGCCAUUUGAUGGCCUGUUGAUGUCUCUGGCCGUUGAAGUCGGUUCGAGUUCAAAAGGGAUAAUGGGGUUGGACAAAGAAGACGAUUCUCCCGAAGUUUCUGAGCCCAAAAAAGCUGAAGAUGGAGAAGACGUCGAUGCGACUUCUGGGUUGAGUCGAAAAAUGAGUGAGUCCUCAAUCUGUGCUACUGAAGAGGAAGACGAUGAAGAUGGAAGGAAAAUCGAAUUGGGUCCUCAAUACACUUUGAAAGAACUCAACGAGAAGGAUAAGGAUGAUGAAAGCCUGAGGAGGUGGAAGGAACAGCUUCUGGGUGGUGUGGAUUUUGAAUCUGUUGGAGAAACUCUUGAGCCGGAUGUUAAGAUUUUGAGCCUUGCUAUCAAAUCAUCAGGCCGGCCUGACAUUGUUCUUCCAGUGCCUGAAUGUGGGAAUCCCAAAGGCCUCUGGUUUACUUUGAAGGAAGGCAGCCGUUAUAGCCUUAAGUUCACUUUUCAGGUCAGCAAUAACAUUGUUUCUGGCCUCAAAUAUACCAAUACAGUCUGGAAAACUGGCGUCAAAGUUGAUAGUACAAAAGAGAUGAUUGGAACCUUUAGCCCUCAGCCUGAACCUUAUGAUCAUGAGAUGCAUGAAGAAACAACCCCUUCUGGCAUCUUUGCUAGGGGAUCUUAUACAGCCAGAAGCAAGGUCAGUUCAAUGAUUUUAACAUGUCAAUGGAUUAGUAGAAUAAUGUCUACUGCUUAUUUUGAUUGGAUUAUACUUCUGAUACUGAUCCUGAACCAUUUAGACGAACAAUCUAGUCCUUAAACUGUAAUUGGUAAUGAUUUGGUCACAUUUUAGUUCUUGAACUUUGAAACAAGAGAGGAGUUAAAACUGUUAUCGGUAAUAAUUUAGUCUCGUUUUAGUUCUUGAACUUUGAAAUGAGAGAGGAGCAAUCUAGUUCUUAAACUUGAAUCGGUGACAAUUUAGUCUCAUUUUAGUUCUAGAACUUUAAAAUGAGAGCAAUCUAGUCCUUAAACUUGAAUCGGUAACAAUUUAGUCUUGUUUUAGUUCUCGAACUUUGAAACGAGAGAGGAGCAAUCUAGUCCUUAAACUGUAAUUGGUUAUGAUUUAGUGUCAUUUUAGUUCUCGAACAUUGAAACGUGUGAGGAGAUGUCAAAAUUUGAAUUUGAAUCCUUUAUGGAGAGCAAUUAAAGGGCUGCUAUCUAUCUCAACUGCACCUGCUCAUUUAUGGGUAGCAUCACAUGGCUGCCUUUAAGGGAAGCAGCUUAUUAUUGAUAUCAAUAUCAUCUGCCAUGGCUAUCAAUGCAUAUUAUAUAUGCUUAUGCAAUAAGUAACAUGAAACUCCUUGUUUUAAAAGACAUGUUUUUGUUUUGUGUUGGAUUGCUUGUUCUUGACAUGAAUCUAUGUCUAUAAUCCUGUCUGCUGGUUUGUUGGGUUUGUUUUUUGUGUUCUUGUUUUUGGCUCAGUUUGUUGAUGAUGAUAACAAGUGCUACUUGGAGAUCAAUUACACAUUUGAUAUUAGAAAAGACUGGAAGGAGGACCAGGUUGCUUAAUCAUACC